AUGCGGCGAGACGCGGCCGUCGUGCCCGCGGCGGUCGUGACCUCGCAGCAGAUAGCGGCCGGCGGGGCGGAAAUGGGGAAUGUCGGGCCGGUGGUCAUCGACAUUGACUCGGCGCCGGCGACGGUGGCCAUCGACAUCGACCUCAACACGGGGGGCGCGACCCGCGACGUGGCGUGCCGGAUCUGCCACCUCAGUCCCGAGGGCAGCAAUGGGCCCGCGGCGGCACCUGGGUCGGAGGUGAUCCGGCUUGGCUGCUACUGCAAGGAGGAGCUCGGCCACGCGCACCGACAAUGCGCCAAGGCAUGGUUCCAGAACAAGGAGAUAACAUUUGCCAGAUCAAAUGGAAUAAUGAUGCAUGCUCGAGGAAAACCUACAUAA